GCAGAGGAGACGAAUGUUUUGAACAACGAGUUAGACUUUGGAUACACAGGAGUUCAUCAUUAUAAUCAAUUCCUCUGCGUCGGAAUAUCGCAGAGGCGAUGGAAGAAAGUUCAGAAAGAGUAGAGGCCGGUAGCUCGGGUCAGUGUUCUGACCGGCAGGCAGUUUUAAACGGUGACGUUAUGGACGAAAGUCAUAAGGAAAGUCAUUGCUCCGCGAGCGACCACAAUCCCCCGAAUACUGACAAUAGCGAGGAGUCAAAAGAAUAUGACGAUGACGACGAGCGGACUCUUCCUCUCCGGGAUUUCUAUCCCUACAUUCGAUGUGCCCUUUGCAACGGCUUUCUUAUCGAUGCCACGACAAUAACAGAAUGUCUUCACACCUUUUGCAAAAGCUGCAUCGUAAAGCACUUUUUCUAUAGCAACAGAUGUCCCAACUGUUCCAUUGUCGUGCACCAGACACAGCCACUGUAUAAUAUCAGACCUGAUAGACAACUGCAAGAUAUUGUUUACAAGAUGGUUCCACAUUUGGAGGAGGCGGAGAGGACCCAAAUGUGUGAGUUUUACAAGGCAAGAGGCCUCGCUGUUCCCAAACCAGUAGCAGUUACACCGAUGGUCCCGGUGAAGGCGCCGAAGCAGAAGAAAGACCUUCUACCUCAGUCUGUCUUCACCAUCCCCCCAGAGCUGGAUGUGUCGCUCAUGCUGGAGUUUGUGGGGGCUGAGGAAGGCAUUGAAAACUACAAGCCUCUUGAGAGAAAGUAUGUUAGGGUGUCCGGGGAGGCCACUGUUCGUCAUGUGGAACUCUUCAUCAGGAGGAAGAUGGAGCUGAACCCAGAGUGGCAGGUGGACGUGGUUUGUGGGGAGCACCUUCUGGAUCGGUACCAGUCUCUAAGGGAAGUCCGUAACACAAUAGGAGAGAGUGGGCUACAGGACGGACUGCUUGUCCUGCACUUCGGGCUGGUUUUGCCGUGACCUCGAGGAAGGAAGGCUGGAAGAGCGAUCCGGUCGGCGUUCCCAGCGCGGACUGCGGGAGGGGUCGGCUUUAACGUUCCAAAGGGCUGUCGACGGUUCGUGAACUCUGGCAUGAUAUGUAUCGUCCUAUGCAGAACUGUUUUGGUUCAGUGAGGUUGAUCUGAAGUUCUUCUGCUGUAUUUUGAUACAAAAAUCCCCGUUGCUCUUACGUGUUUUUUCUCUUUUAUUCUGUGAAUGUGAGGAGGGUGAGAAAAACUCUGACAAACGGGCACUCCUAUGGGAGUAACUGUUUUGUUAGAACACUGUGCU